AUGACUCGUUAUAGUGGAAACUCACAGGCUGAUGACUAUCUACCCGCUAAACCAGAAUCCUCUGGAUCUGAUGCGGUAAAACUUGAUUCUCAGGAAUCGAUAACACAUCGCAAUGCAAGUCUUUUUAUGCCAGAUUGGAAAGACGUGGAGACGUUUCGCCGGGAUGUACAGUUUCUCAACCAAGAAGGUUUCAUCCACAAUGCACAAACCUUCAAGCCGAAGCUGACGUCUGAAAGUAUUGUUAUUCUCGUUCAGGUCCACAAUCGCCCGGAUCAGCUACAGAUACUGAUUGACUCCUUUCACAAAAUGAGAUACAUCAACGAAACGUUAGUAAUAUUCAGCCAUGAUUUCUACUCCCAGGACCUUUUCGAUGUCAUAGCCAAGAUCGAUUUCUGUCCCUAUAUGCAGAUAUUUUACCCGUAUGCUAUUCAGGUAUAUAACAGUCAAUUUCCGGGUACUGACCCUAACGACUGUCCGCGAAAUUUGCAAAAGGACGAGUCUCGUAAACGGAAGUGUAACAACGCUGAGUAUCAAGAUUUUUACGGACAAUACCGAGGAGCCCCGUACACGCAGAUCAAACACCACUUUUUGUGGAAGCUUCAGUUCAUUUUCGAGAACUGUUCCUUGUUUAGAACUUUCGAAGGACUAAUAUUUCGAAUAGAAGAAGAUUACUAUUUGGCAGAGGAUACGAUAGACUACAUGAGAAAGCUGGACCGACAGGCUAGAAUUCAGUGUCCAGAGUUUAAAAUGUAUAUCAUGGGUGAGUACUCGGGCUAUUCACACGAAGAAUACAAGUCAAGCGCCACGAGGAAAGAUCGUUGGUAUAUAGGAAUCGGGACAGGAAUGGCUUUCAGGAAAUACAUCUGGAAACUCUUUAAAGAAUGUGCGAAAUCAUUUUGCCUGUUCGAUGACUACAACUGGGAUUGGUCGCUAAUGCACGUGGCAGCAACGUGCAUCCGUGGUGGUUUCAAAAUCUUAAAACCAAAAGGCAGUAGAGCACGCUUCAAGUCGGAAUUUCGAGUAGAGUCAUCGCACAGCGGUUUGGAUGCCACCAUACAACAAUCACUAGACUCCAUAGGAGAUACCAGCAGACAGGAACCACCAGGGACCGUCCACGUCCAGGCCAACGACGUGUUUCGACACCACAACAAGAUCGCCAUAUUGUUCGCCUCCAUAUUCGUGAUCAAACGCUGCCAGCUGCCAGGACUGCACCAACUUUUCAAGGUCGACGAGGGGUUAUCAGCGCAGAUACUGUGCGUGGCCGUCUUCGCUCUGCUGGGCUGCGUGCUCAAUGACCAUAUGGUGGACCUAUCCUGA